CUUCACUCCCCCUUCUUCCCUCCCAUUGUCCCGUCAUUCUGUUGAUCCCCCUUAUGCCUCCUUUGGUACCAUGAUCCUAUUGUCCCCCGUGGAUCUCGUCCACAUCUCUCAGUGAUCCCUCCACUCUUGUCCUCUCCUCCCCCCCUCCCUCCCUCCCCCCGCAACAAAUAAACACCCCCCCCGCUUAUAGCUUGAUGCUGGCGUAGCGGAUCUCCUCUUCCCUCUCGCCUCCUACUCCAUUCUCACCGCUUCUACGGUCCAAUCCACCAUGAUGCAGUGGACCUCCAUCGUGCAGAAAGCCCAGUCUUUCAUCGAUCCUGCCAACUUCACCCUUCCGUCCCUCUCCACCUCCGAUCGCAAUCCGUCCAAGGCGUCCCUCUUCCGUCAGCAAUUUCGCCUGCCGGACUCCCAGAACCCCCUGCAGGAGAUCACCGCCGAUUUGAUCCUGCCGGUCCCGCAUACCGCAGAACAGUCGCGUCCCCGCCCAGGCAACCGAUACACCGGUCGCCUGCACCUCUCCGAGCGCUUCAUUUGUUUCUCCACCCAACCGACGAGCUUCCUGCCCGGUGCCACGCACGCACAUUCGACCCACUGGGCGGGCCCCACCAAUGGCGCAGGUCCGGCGGGCAAUGGCUUCACCAUCCCGUUGUCCGCCAUCCGCCGUGUGGAGCGCCUCAACAGCGUGAGCCAUGUCUUCUCCCUCGCCCUGACCACCUGGAACGGCGCCCUGGGCAAGCAGCCCGCCGGCGUCUUCGUGCCCCAGCGCUUCACCUUGCAGCUGGAUGGAAGCAGGCAGGCCUGCGAACGCUUCUGUGACGGGUUGAAGAAGGGUCUGCGCGAGGGCAUGAAGGAGAUUGAGAAUCUGCGCGUGGUGGUGAACGACUGCUAUUCCGAAUUUCUCGUGACGGCCGUGAAAUCCAAGGAUCCGUCGGGGGAAAACGCCGAGAGCCGCCCGCCCCCGGAUGCGGGGCUGGGUAUGUUGUUUCGCUAUCCCGGGGAUGCGCGUAAACUUCGCGAUCGGAGCAAGAUGCGUCUCUGGGGGGAAUAUUUCCGAGAGAACGGCCGCAAUGCGACGCUCAUUCGGCAACCCACCUUUCACAAGCUGAUCCGAGUCGGCCUGCCGAAUCGCCUCCGCGGCGAGGUCUGGGAGAUCAGCUCGGGAUCCCUUUACUUGCGCCUGCGGUCCCCCCGGCUCUACACCGACACCCUGUCCAAGUUUUCCGGACAGGAAUCCCUGGCCAUCGACGAGAUUGAGAAGGACCUGAACCGCAGUCUGCCCGAGUAUGCUGGCUUCCAGAGCGAGGAGGGCAUCGGCCGCCUGCGCCGCGUCCUCACGGCCUACAGCUGGAUCAACGCCGAGAUCGGCUACUGUCAGGCCAUGAACAUCGUCGUGGCCGCCCUGCUGAUCUACAUGUCCGAGGCCCAGGCCUUCUUCCUCCUCUCCGUCCUGUGCGACCGGCUGCUGCCGGGCUACUACUCCACCACGAUGUACGGCACCCUCCUCGACCAGAAGGUGUUCGAGUCGCUCGUCGAGCGCACCAUGCCAGUCCUGUGGGACCACCUCAACAAGACCGACGUCCAGCUGUCCGUCGUCUCACUGCCCUGGUUCCUCUCCCUCUAUAUCAACUCCAUGCCCCUCGUCUUCGCCUUCCGCGUGCUCGACGUCUUCUUCCUCGAGGGGCCCAAGGUGCUCUUCCAAGUCGGCCUGGCCAUCCUGCGCGUCAACGGCGAGGAGCUGCUGGAGGUCCAGGACGACGGCUCCUUCAUCUCCGUCCUCAAGUCGUACUUCUCGCGCCUUGACGAGUCCGCCCACCCACGGUCCGAGAACCCCAAGCUACGCGCGAUCACCCGCUUCCAGGAGCUCAUGGUCGUCGCCUUCAAGGAGUUCGCCGGCAUCACCCACGCCACCGUCACCGAGGAGCGCGACAAGCACAAGGACGCCGUGCUCGACAACAUCGAGAGUUUCGCCAAGCGCACCUCCAUCCGGAACCUGGGCCCCGACAGCAAGAAGCUGAGCAUGGACGACCUCGGCGUCAUCUAUGACCGCUUCUACGAGAUCCUCUACGACCGCCAGCAGCGUGAGCGCGUCCGGGAAGAGGAGCUGCGCCGCCUAGAGAAGCGCCGCGCCGAGCGCACCUCCACUCUGGGCCCGCCCGCCGACCACGAGGUCGGCCGCGUCGGUCUGGGUCCCAGCCCCUCGCACAUGGACUACGAGGGCUUCCGCGAGUUCCUUGCCGCCACGGCCAAGUGGGCCUUAGGGGACUCUCCCGGGCCCUCGCGCUCCCCCUCGGGCGCAAGCUCGGGUGCCGCCGGCUGGCGGGGCUUCGGCCGCUCGCCGUCCCCCGGCCGGCCCGCGCCCGCCGACCACGAGUUCAUGCGGCGGCUGUAUCGCAAGUGGGCGACGGACCCGGACGAGGGUCUCAGCCUCCAGAACGUGGUCCAUGGCCUGGCGCGCCUCAAGGGCCCGCGCGACAUCAUGAACAACAUCCAGUACUUCUUCACCCUGUACGACGACCGUGGCAACGGCACCGUCGACCGUGAGGGCAUCUUGCGCAUGUCCGAGGCCCUGCUGUUCCUGUCCCGCCGUGGCUUCGACGGGACCAUCACACCGACGCAGACGCUGGACGAGUUCGGCCACCCCGACCGUGACGCCCAGCCAUCCGAGCCUCUGAGCACGGACGAGCGUUUCCUGGGGAGCGUCAGCGCCUUCAUCCGCCGGUGCUUCGAGUACGCCGACCCCAGCACCCCGGGGGGCUCCCCCGGGGCCACCCCCAGCAUCCCCGCCGACGAGACAGCUGACAAGCUGGCGUCCGUCCGCAUUGGCGACGACGACGACGGCUCGGGAGACCUGUUGGACGUCGGGGACGAGGCCACGCCGGCCCACCACCGCAAGGCGUCAGAAUCCGCCAACCCGGCGCUCGACCCCAACAACCCCCUGCACAUCACGCUCCCGACCUUCCGCAUGGUCAUCCUGGCCGACGAGCUGCUGGAGCAGUUCUUCGACGCGUUCUUUCCGCGGUCGUUCCGCCUGUCGGUCGACUCGCACCCGGCCGUCACCGCCGCCUCGACGCUGUCGUCCAAUCUUACCACGUUCUCCAACAUCAACGUGCCGCGCCCCGGUCUCGGUGCAGGCGCGGGCGCCUCCGUCGGGGGCGCCUCGGGCGGCAUCGUGCCCCCAGGUCGCGGUCUCCGCGGCGUGCUGGACAACAUCGUCACGGACGGCAUCCGCAUGGCCGCGGAAGUUAAGAAGCGCAUGGACGAGGCGCAGCGCGACAUGGAGCGCAACGCAGUCGCGCGGGGCGACGACGACGAAGACGAAGACGAUGAAGACGAGUCGGCGCCCCUCACGACACCAUCGGCCUCCACCCCCACCACCGUUGGCGGCAUGUCCAACUGGGGUGCCGGCGCCUACGAAGCCGACCGCGACCUCCUCGAGGGCGCCGAGGUCCUCAGCGUGCGCGAGAAAGAUGCCGCUUCCCUGCUGGAUGAAACCCCGGAGGGCGGAUUGGGGAACGGGCCCAGCGAGGCGAAACAAUCUCCGUCGAGUGACGAGAAUCGUCGUCCGGCCUCGUCUUCACCACAUGAUUCCCACGCGACCGAUAAGGACGAACAUGUCGUCAGUAAGGUGGAGUUCGACUCGUAGUUCUAGGAACCUUUGACCGAUCAUCCACCUGUCCAUCAUCAACCUAAACUCUUUCACCCGCGGACAGCACGGUGUGGUGUCCCACCCAUUUUUUUCUCUUCUCUCUCACAGUCUACAUCUAUCUAUCCCAGGGAUUUAGACCGAUUUCCUGUAAACUAUACAUACAUCCAUAUAUUUCCUUAUACAGAUCGACCCUCCGACACUCACUCAUCCACAUCCACCAACCCAUCAAUCGGUCAAUCCCAUGCGGCGGAUUGUUUAUUCUUGGCUCGGCGUUAUAGAUCUUUUUCCUUGAAUGUGUUUACUACUGUGCGG